AUGCCACGACGACCGCAUAAGAAGUCACGUUCAGGCUGUCUUCGUUGCAAGAAGCGGCACAUCAAGUGCGAUGAGAGACGUCCUCGAUGCGUCAACUGCCAGACUGCCGGGUUAGACUGUGCGUUCGCUUCAAAUGUAUCUGCGCCUGCCACCCCAUCCGUGGAGACAGAGACUGCUGCUGCCAGCGCUUCAGAGACAUCAACACCAGACCAGCAACGCCAAGGUCAUGGACAGUUCAAUGUGACGCCCGCAUUUCCUCCCGCAGACACAUCAGAUCCUGUUCUGAACAUGCAACACCUCGAGUUAUUGCAUCAAUUCGUCACCUCUACCUAUAGGACCUUCAACGAUAACGACGAGGUCCGAGAGGUCUGGAGGACAUCCAUUGUCCGGAUGGCUCUUGCGCACCCAUACCUGAUGUACGAGCUGCUUGCUAUCUCGGCUCUACACCUCGCCUACUGCCGACCCGAAUCCUCUCCAUGGUAUUAUACCACAUCCACGGAGCUGCAGACUCAAGCUCUCAAUUCUUUCAACAACAUACAACGGGCGGUCGACGCCUCGAAUUGCGCUCCAGUCCUCAUGUUCACAUCGCUUCUUGCGGUUCAUGUGCUUGCAGACCCCUCGCGCACCGUGGGACUGGGCACGAGCCAGUAUCUUGACCACGUCAUCCAUUGUAUCAUGCUUAUGCGCAACGUCCAAAAGCUAGUCAUCCGGGACUGGUACGACCAUCUCAAAAAGUCGGAGCUGGGACCUAUCUUUGGGGUUACGCAGCCUGAAAAGCCAUACCGGAUUCCGCAGCCAUGUCUCGACUUGGCCAAACUAAUCGAGCAGUCGGACUUAGGGGAGCAAGCCAAAGAAGCAUAUAACUCGGCGAUCGAGCGCCUCCACUGGCUCUACGCCGUUUCAAACGUGCCCAAUGAAAAUUAUACCACCGUGCGAUGGCUCCUUGCGUGGCCGAUCCAGCUCAGCGGGGAUUAUCAAGAUAAACUCAAUCAGCGGCGCCCUGAAGCUCUGGUCAUCCUUGCAUACUUUGCUGUCAUGCUCAGAUUCUACAAGGGUUGUUGGGUGGUUGGGGAUUCUGGAAAAUUCCUUAUCGAAUCAAUAUCCGCACACCUGGGCCCUCACUGGAGGGAUUGGAUGGAGUGGCCGUUGUCAUUCCUCACCGACUCAAGCGACACAGGUUGA